GACCUCUCUGCAGCUCCUGAGGUUUCCUUGGUGCAGGAACAGCAUCUCACCAGCUGGGAAAGCACUGCCUUUCUCAGAGGGACUGCAUCAGGCUGAGUGCACAGAUGAAUAAAACUUCUUCCAACACAAUGGCUUUGGCUCCUAACCCAUCUAACAAAAGAGAGACAGUGUGCAUAUUUGGAACUGGAGAUUUUGGACGAGCUCUGGGGCAUAAGAUGAUUCAGUCUGGCUACCCCGUGGUGUAUGGAAGCCGAAGCACCCAGAUAUCCAACCUGAUUCCCAAGGAUGCAGAGGUGUUGGGCCAUGCAGAGGCAGCGCAGAAAGCUGCCGUCAUCAUCGUGGCAAUCCAGAGGCAGCAUUACAACUUUCUUGCACCACUAGCCGAAGUUCUCCAUGGAAAAGUCUUGGUGGACAUAAGCAACAACUUGAAAUUAAACCAGUAUCCAGAAUCCAACGCAGAGCACCUGGCUCAGCUGCUGCCUGGCAGUAAGGUUGUGAAAGGCUUUAACACCGUGUCAGCCUGGGCCUUGCAGUCGGGCACGCUGGAUGCAAGCCGGCAGGUGUUUAUCUGUGGAGAUGAUGUGGAAGCUAAACAAAUGGUCAUGAAUAUUGUUCGUGGACUGGGUCUCACUCCAGUAGAUAAGGGAUCCCUCUUGGCUGCUCAGGAAAUAGAAAAUUACCCUCUGCAACUCUUUCCAAUGUGGAAGUUUCCCAUCUUUCUGUCACUUGGCCUAGGUCUAUUCUUCUUCUUCUACUCUUUGGCUCUUGAUGUAAUUCACACUUACAUUUAUGAAAACAAUAAUUUUUUGUUUUUUAUUGCAAUUACCGUUCCAAAUCGGGUCUUCCCUGUAAUGGCACUCACCCUUCUCGGCUUGGUUUAUCUUCCUGGUAUAUUUGCUGCAAUUAUUCAGUUAUACAGAGGUACCAAAUACCGCCGCUUUCCAAACUGGCUGGACAAAUGGAUGCUUGCUAGGAAACAACUUGGACUAAUAGCCUUGGCAUUCGCUUCCCUGCAUGCUGUGUUCACUCUUGUUACUCCAUUGCGUGCCUUUGCAAGUUGGAGAACCAGCAGACAAAUCAUCUCCCAGGCACUGAGCAAUGAAACUGUACCACUCGACCACACUAAUGCCUGGCUCAGUGACUCUUACUUGGCUAUGGGAAUGUUAGGAUUCUUUUUAUUCGUUCUUCUGGGAAUAACUUCCUUGCCUUCAGUCAGCAACAGUGUCAACUGGCGAGAAUUUCGAUUUGUUCAGUCCAAACUGGGAUACCUGGCACUGAUUUUGUGCACUGCACACACGAUGAUUUAUGGUGGAAAAUGGUUCCUGAACCCAUCAGCAUACAAGUGGUAUCUUCCAGACAUCUAUAUGCUCUCCCUUGUUGUUCCAUGUGCUGUAUUGGUUGUCAAAUUUGUGCUGAUAUUUCCUUGUGUAGACAAACCUCUCACACGAAUUCGGCAGGGCUGGGAAAGAAAACCCAGAUAUUCAGAACAGUCAAAUUACAUUAUCAACAAGUCUGCUGUAUAAUUAGACUAA